GAAGAGGAAAAGAAGCCAGGAUUACUCGCGCAUGCGCAGACACCUACUUCCCUGCUGUCUUUCUUGUGAAACUACUACUAAGCUAGUGAUGUUUCAAACUCUGAGCGGUGUUUGCAUAAAGCACAUCGGUAGCGCAAGAGUGAAUCCACUCGGGGUUUUCAGGCGAAACAUGGGCAGUUUAAGUAGAGAAAACCGCUCUAUCCAUUCAGACAACAUCCAGGACGUUCAUAACAUCCCAAUGGAUGUGAUCAUACGACCCAUUCCGCCUGUCCUGGACGAGCAGAAAGUCCAAAGCCUCAUGACCAGCGUACAGGAGGGCGCAGAUAUUUCCGUUGUGCCUCCCAUAGACGUGCUUUGGAUCACAGGAGUAAAAGGAGGCAAUUAUUACUAUUCUUUUGGAGGCUGUCAUCGAUUUGCUGCCUAUCAGAGGUUAAAGAUGAAAUCCAUACCAGCCAAGAUCAUCAAAUCUAAUACCUCAGACUUACGCACCUACCUGGGAGCAUCUACGCCGAAUCUACUGUGAUCCAACACACAUAAUUUUAUUUUACAUUAUAAGAGACGCACCAAGGGGGUAAAUGUGCACUGCCAGGCAUCUGGAUAUCCUGUAUGACUGUUUCUUAUGACACUGAUAAAGAACUUUUUUUUAUUUUGAAAAAGACACUUUGAUCGUCCUGGUUAAGCAAGUAUUCACAAGUUGCUUUAAUCAUUUCGUGUCAGUUUUUCUUUUCUGGUUGUAUCUGUAAAGGUGUUUCAUUCAUAUGAAUCACUGACAUAUUUAUAUUCCUUUUGAUCAACAUAAUUUUUGCUUGGACGCUGUAUGUCACGAUGACUAAACAGAUCUCUCUUCAUCUGUCAGUUCUUAGUCUGACCACUAGAUGGCAGAAAUUCAGCACUGAUUGAUUAAAAUAGGGAUUUCCAAACUUUUUUUUGUCAGUGAAACCCUCCAGUCUGAUCUAAAAUAUUAACUUUAAGUAACUUUAAGAGAUUAUAAGUAGAUAUUUAAUUAAUUUAACAACACAUUUGCUCUGUUAUUGUUUAAUAUGACGUAGUCAGACAAAUAAAAUAUUUAGUCCUUUUUAGUAAGUGUUUUAUUAUUAUUAUUAUUAUUUAUUGCUAUUAUUUUAAGAUUAAUUAUUGUAAUUUAACUUUUUUUUAAAGUUAGUUAUUUAGCUUUUCAUCAACUCAUGGACUCCUGUAGUUCAGUUUUUGGGAAGGCUUUAAGUAGAGUAUGAGAUUUGGUCAAUGGUAUUUUUAGGCCAACUUGAAAUGCUAAAUAAUUUCUGUGAUUUUAUUAGGAAAAAACUAAAACAGAGAGGUUUUGUUUUGUUCUAUUUUAUAAAUGCAUUUGUUAUCUUAAGAAAAAAAAAUGGUGUAAUGGUAAAAAUAGAAGACCACAGAAAAUAAGAUGACCACAGGCGUGUGCUGGUCUGGUGACCAUUGGACUUGGUUAUGCUCUGUGCUCUGAACCACAACUUUGAGAUAGAGUCUCUCGGGUGGACUGGCACAGCCAAAUUCAUAAAGAUUUUACUCCUGUAUUGUGUCCAGAUCUGCUGUGAAUAUUAAAAGCUGAACAUCUUAAUUAUUGCAUUUUAAUAAUCACUGCAAACAAUGUGCUUUGUGUAUUUCCAGCUAAAUUCACAGCAUUUAUAUAAAUGAAUUUUUUAUGUGCCAGUGGAGGGGCAUGAGAAUUGUAGGACAUUCUCUGAAGCUCAUCCAUAAUGGCAGGACAUGUUGGGGGUCAUGUGUCAUGAGAACUGGCCAGAGAUCUCCUCUGCAGGCUGGAGUGAAGGAAAAGAAUGAAUACAGCAGCUCAGUUUUAUUACACAGCUAUAUAUAGAUGGAUUGAGGCUCACAGUCAGACUGAUGUACACGGAAAUAUAGUGGAACCAAUGAAUUAUCUGACAUGAAAACUGCUCUCACAGUCAUUUCUACUCUCAGCUGUUGUCUAGAGGAGAUCAGAGGAUGGACACCUCAGAGAUUUCUUCCUUGUGACGGCAUUUCACUUCCCUUUGACUUUUGACCUUGGCCUAAUAUCCAUAGCAAAAGGCCUCUCAGACUUUACAACAACAAUGACUGGUGCUUUUGAAAACCCAGAUUCACAGGUGGCUCAGUCAAUAAUAAUACAAUAAAAAUGGUGACAAAUCUUUUGGAUUUGUUGGAAUUUUAUGAGACUUGUUUGUGUGUUUUUAAACUUUGCAACAGUUUGACUUUAUUAGACAAAUAAAAUCCUUUGCAAAUGUCAGCAGCUCCAAAAUCUUUGUGACCCUCUCAGAAAAAAGGUACAAAAGCUUGUUGUAUUGUAUUGUAUGUAACAGUUAAAAUAUUCUUCAAAAUAUAUGUUGUACUCCACGAAAGAAAGUCAUACAGGU